AUGGCCGCAGACACUGGAAGGAUGGAUGUCGACUUCUCCAUCAAGCCCCAGGCGGUCACGCCCGCCAUCCCGACAUCUGAGUGGCCGCUGCUCUUGAAGAAUUAUGACAAACUGCUUGUCAGAACCGGUCAUUUCACUCCCAUCCCAGCGGGAUGCACGCCUCUGAAGCGCGACCUAAAAUCAUACAUUAGCUCCGGAGUUAUUAACUUGGACAAGCCUGCGAAUCCAUCGAGUCAUGAGGUUGUAGCGUGGAUGAAGAGGAUAUUGAGAGUAGAGAAAACCGGCCACAGCGGAACCCUUGACCCAAAAGUCACCGGUUGUCUUAUCGUCUGUAUCGACCGUGCGACGCGCCUCGUCAAGUCCCAACAAGGUGCCGGAAAGGAGUACGUGUGCGUGAUACGGCUGCACGACAAGCUCCCCGGAGGUGAAGCUCAAUUUGCCCGCGCCCUCGAAACGCUGACCGGUGCCCUAUUUCAACGUCCACCCCUGAUCUCCGCCGUCAAGAGACAGCUGCGUAUCCGUACGAUCCACGAGAGCAAGCUGUUCGAGUUCGACAAUGAUAGGCACCUAGGUGUGUUCUGGGUGAGCUGUGAGGCUGGGACGUAUAUUCGAACCUUGUGUGUGCAUCUGGGACUGCUGCUGGGUGUUGGUGCGCACAUGCAGGAGUUGCGACGGGUGAGGAGUGGGGCUAUGGAUGAGAUGGAUGGGAUGGUCACGCUGCAUGAUGUGCUUGAUGCACAGUGGAUGAUGGAUAAUAACCGUGACGAGUCAUAUCUGCGACGUGUUAUUCGGCCACUUGAGAGCUUGCUUACGUCGUAUAAGAGGAUUGUUGUGAAAGAUAGUGCUGUUAAUGCUGUUUGCUAUGGUGCUAAACUUAUGAUCCCUGGAUUGUUGCGAUUUGAGGCUGGAAUCGAAAUCCACGAAGAAGUUGUUCUUAUGACUACCAAGGGCGAGGCGAUCGCGAUCGCGAUCGCUCAAAUGUCCACUGUCGAGCUAUCGACCUGCGACCAUGGCGUGGUGGCCAAGGUGAAGCGUUGUAUCAUGGAGCGCGAUCUCUAUCCGCGCAAAUGGGGUCUGGGUCCCGUCGCCUUGGAGAAGAAGAAGCUCAAAUCCGAUGGCAAACUUGAUAAAUACGGCCGGCCAAACGAGAAAACGCCCGCGAAAUGGAACGCUGAAUACAAAGAUUUCAACGCACCAAUAGAUAAUGAUGCUGCAGCUACUGGAGCUACUCCAGCCACCUCCAAAGAAUCAGCCCCCGCUGCCAAAGUGAAUGGAGGCUCGCCUGCAGCGCCCCCCUCCGCGGCCCCGGCCGCUGAAGAGGACGAUGCUGAGAAGAAGCGCAAGAGACACGACGGAGAGACUGCCGAAGAGCGUGCGGAGCGAAAGCGCAGAAAGAAGGAGAAGAAAGAAAAGAAGGAGAGGAGGAGAUCGAAGAAAGCGGAAAAGAGUGACGACGAUAGCGAGUGA